AUUCUGUUCCCAGAGUUCUUUGCGAAAAUAUUCAUUUUACACAAAAUGGCGGAUUCUUUUGAAUAAAAUCUGCCAUUAUGUAUGUAAAAUGAGAGAGAAUGAAGGUACAUUUAAAAGCCAAGCUGCUGAAGCCAAGGGAAGUAACUGUGAUAAUUCAAAAUCUUUACAAAGUGAGACUUUGUGUUACACUGGUGUGAAGAAAAGUAGAACAGAUUCUUGUACUAGUUUUAUUUCAUCAACAAAAACAAACGGCAAAAAAUAUUCCUUAAGACACAUUCCUGGUAAUAAGUCAAGAGAGGUAGAAAAGAUCCAAGAUAACAAGAAAGGUACACCGAGAAUCAGGUCAUCUCGAGGUUCUUCAUUAAGUUCAAACAACAGUUCAAAUUUAUUAGGUCUUUCUACUGUGAAUGACCCAACUUGUUACAAAGAACAGGCAGUUUCAGAUUUUGAAAAACAAUUGUUAGUUGUGUUGAACAAAAUUCCAAGAGAAGUUAAGUUUGAUGAUUUAGAAUCUUUUGGACUUCAAACAAAAAAAGAAUACUUAAAAUGUAAGCAGGCUGUCGUUUGUUUGGAAGAUUGUUUAAAAACAGAAAAGUGUACCAAAAACGGAAUUUCUACAAAACUAAGUGAACAAAGAUAUUCUGUUAAAAUGAAACAAGUAGGAGCAAGGUCACCGAAAAGACAAUCUCCAGUCCGCAAUAAUGCCACUGUUUCUGGUACUAAAGAUUCGCCUUUUAUAAGGACAACAUACACAAAACCUUCAAAAGACACUGUCAUUGAUGGAAAAUCUUCUCUUGAUAGCAAAGCUCAAACUUCUGCUAGACAGGAUGAUUUGGUUCCUGAUAUGUCAGUAAAGGUUAAGAAAAAGGGAAAUAUUGCAAUGAAGAAAGAAGCAGUUAGACAUGAAGAGGAUAAAGUGACCAAGAAACAUAGCAAUAUAAGUCAUGGUGAUUCUCUUAUCUCUGAAACAGAAAUUGCUGAAACAGAAAAUGCAAAACCCAAGAGUAAAACUGUUGAUACAGGCCAAGGUGAUACUGCAUGUGCUAAAGAUACAGCAGAAAAAGAAAAAACAAAUUCACCAAAGAAAAGAGGUAGAAAACCAAAAUCUGCUGAAUCAAUGCCGUUUAAAGGGGAGAGAAAAAUAUCAGAAUCUAAUCCAGGUGGCGACACAAAUGCUACCCCAGAUAUUGUGAUAACACCAUCAAAAGAUGACAGAAAAACCUCCAAAAGCCCUAGGUCAAGGAAAAAGAAAGGGGAAAGCGAAAAUUCACCUGCUACAUUAAAAGAAAUUUCAUCAGAUAAUGACAAACUUGCUGUUGGUAAAAAUUCAAGGUUAUCGUCAGAAAGCCCAAGUCCUGUAAGAAGGAAAAGGUCUCCCAAAUUACAUUUAGAUGAAAAGGAAAGUCCUAAGGCUAAGAAAAAGGGAAAUGAAAAGAAAUCAAAGAUAGAUAAAGUUGAAAUUGAGUGUGAUGUAAAGAGUGAUAUUGGAGAAACCAAUCAGGUCAUAGAUAUUAAUGAUUCUCAUGUUGAUGAAGUGAUUGAUGAUGUGGUAAACAGAAACAUUGAAAUGUUAAAUAAGCAAUCAUCUAAGAAGUCACCUUUGAAGAAAAAUAAACAGUCAGAGUCACCAGAAAAGAAAAUGGCAUCUACUAAUAAAGAUAAGAAAUCUCCAAGGAAAAAAUCUCAGGACAAAGAAACUUGCUCAGAUGAAAAGAAAAAGUCUCGCUCAAGAAGUAAUAGUGCUUCACCUAAAAAAGAAAAGAAAAAAAUAGAAUCCAUGUCUGGACCUAGUGAUGACAGUCCAAGUCCUGUGAAAAAAUUAGAUUUUGAUGACCAAAUUACUAAAGUUAUUAUAGAAAAAUCCAAAUUGCCUUUCCCAAGUGACUUUCAAUACAAAUAUCCCUCAUCAACAAUUGGUUGUCUAGGUUUGAAUGACCUUAUCAGUAAAGUAGAUAGUUUAGUGAAAAAUAAGGAUGAUAACCUGACAGCAUUGCUUGGAAAAGUUGAAACAGAGUAUUAUUCUGAAGAAACUUCUCCAAGUUCCAAUGAAACAGAUGUAAAUACAAGCACAGAUAGUGACAAAACAAUAAUUGAAUUUGAGGAUGUUCAAGAAAACUCCUUUAAAGAUAGUGAAAUAAGUGAUGAAAAAGAUUCAGCAGAACAACUUGAUUCUUCGUUUGAUGAUGAUAAAAAUGACACAUCAGAGAAGCUUGAAGAAGUAAAGAGUGAUAAAAGCAAGUCAGGUGAAUCGGGCAUUGAUUUGAUUGACAAUAUGGAAAAGUCUGAUGUUAAGUCUGUUUGUGAUAAAGAAAUAGAAAAAGUAAGCAAAAACUGUGAUACUGAAUUAGAUUCAGGAAAAAAAAUCAAUAAGGUAAGUGAUAAUAAAAAUUCCAAAGGUGUGGAUGUAAAAGAUAAUGUUGAAACAGUUAGUGUAUUUGAAAUGUUUGGGCUUACCUUAAAAAAGACUAAAAUAAAUGAAAACGAUUCAAAAGAAGAGAAAGUUGGUGAUAAUGUAACAUCUGAUAUAAAAAAAGACAAUAGUGAAAGUGAACAGAGAGGAAAUGAAACCAUGUGUAAGAAGGUUGGAGAUGGAGAUGAUGGAGAUGUUAUGUUUGUUUCAGAAACUAAACCAGAGGAUAGUAUUGUAAUUCUCUCUGAUGAUGAGGAAGAGGAUAAAGGUGUUGACCGGUCUGGUUUUGAGACUUUGAAAGAAACUUUUGACGAGAAGAAAACAAAACCGAAAUUAACAACUAUAAAUAAUGUUGUUGAGCCAAAGCCAUUAGACAUACUGUACAAGCUGGAGCGAGCAGAUUCUAGAAAAGAAAGUGCUUUCACUUGUAAUGAGCUUGAUGAGUAUCUAGAUAUAAAUAAAGAAAACUUGGGUUCAGUCCAAAACACUGUACACAAUGCUACUGAACGGAAUGGGAAGUCUGGUAAAAAAAUGAAUAUUAAGGAGGAACUUAAGAAAGCUGAACCAGAUAUAGAUGAGGUAGAUGGCCAUGUUUUCGUUUGUUUUGCCACUGAAUCUGUUUUGAAUGCUCAUGUAUCCCUUGAGAAGAAAUUGGAUUGGGUGACAGAAACGCAACUCAGAAAAAUGGCUCAUUUGAAACACAUGAAAGAAAGACAGCAUGAUUUAGGGUCAAGAAGAUUGACAGAUGUGAAGUGUGGAGAUGAACAAAAGCAAAAUUUCCGUGGAAUCCCCAUGCGUUUGAUGAAGUAUCAAAAGUUGUUGAAACAAGAAUUAGAAGACAUGUUGCUGGGUAGGCAGCCUAGGUCACCUGAAAAAUCUCCAUCCAAAACACCAACAAAAACCACAGACAUAAGGAAGAUUAAAGGUUGGAAGAAAAAAUUUCAUAACCCUGAAGAAAUCCAAGAAGCAACUGGAUUAAACAUUUCUGAAUCUGGUAAAGUUCACUGGAAAACUGAAGAAAGACUUGUGAAAAACCUUGAUCCAGAGGAAAUAAAAGAUAUUGGACUGGAUCUUAAAAAGAAGCGUAGGAAACUGGUGAAUUAUUCAAACAAAAGGAAAAGUGGUAAUGAAGAUAAAGAGGCUGAAAUGAUGGAAUAUGAGUAUGAAAUUGAUGAUCUGGCUAUAAUUGAGAGUGAUGUGUACAAUGAAGACGAGGAUAAGCCACCUCCGGAUAAGAUACCUUAUAAUGUGAAGUAUUCCAGUCAGCAUAAGUACGGAGCUAGAAAACUGUUCGUGAAGAAAAUGAAAUUGGAUGCCGAGGAUGAGAGGAUAUUACAAAAGCUGGGCACACAGAAACACCUUGGUCAGAAACAAGAGAUGGUAAACUCUGUGAAACGUAAGAAAGGGAAACAGAUGUUCUCCCUGUGUAAAUUGACUCAUACAAUGGCAUUGGCUGCAGUAUCUGCUUUUGAUAAAAAUCUUCUGAAAAGAGCAAAGGGAAUGGAUAAGACUGAUCCUAGGAAGACAAAAAGAGAAUCCAGAUCAGCAAGAAAGGAAGUGAAAGUAGCUUCCCAGUCUGAAAGUCCAGAAAUAAAGGAAGAAGUUGACCCAGACUACUAUUUUGACAAUGAGGAUGAUUAUGAGAACAAUGAAGUGGAAAAUGAGACAGAAGAACAUGUAGAUGACAAAGAGGAAGGUACAAAGGAAGAACAAGGUGGCGGUGAUGAUGAAAAUGAAGGUGACAUGCCAGAGAGUAAACCUCUGACAAAACGAAGGCACUCUUCUGCAUGUAGAGGAAGAAACAGCCGAAGAAAUUCUGCCAGUAAAGGCGAGGAUAAUUUUCCAGAAGAACUGAAAGUGGAGAUAAAAAAAGAAACUGUUGACACCUGUAAUGAGCCAGGUUGUAGGUAUGGGUGUAUUUGUCAUCUAUGCAAGCUUUCUGACAGCGGAGAGGAAAAAGAGAUGGAUUUCAAGCCUCCGUGUGAAAAGGAAUAUUGUAGACUGGGAUGUAUCUGUGAGAGUAUCGACACAAAUUCUGCUGAGACCGAACACUGUCGUAAACCUGGUUGUAUGUUCAAGUGUAAAUGUCCACCAAAACAACCUAAACCAGAUAUACCUAGAGAAAGGGAACAUAGCAAAAAGAAGAAGGGACGUGGUGGGAAGAAGAAAAAGAGGAGCCCUGAAAAACCAGAGUCUGAACAGUCUGGUAAAGAAGAAGAUAUUAUGCCAGGUGAUGACGACUGGGAACCUCCUAAUAAACGUAAACGAGGGCCAACUAAUAGCAGGUUUGCAAACCUUCCAAAAAGGGAGACAACUUAUCUUUUGGCCAAGAACCUAGAUGCUGUAAGUAGGAAGGCAAUGGAGGUGUAUGCAAGUAGUGAGAUGUUCACAGAACAGAAAAUGAGGAAAAGAAAAAGUGAUCCAGCAUAUGAUUAUAACAGCUUAGAAAAUAAGGGAAACAGGUUGACUUAUCUUUUUGACAGAUACUUUUAUUUUCAGUUAAAUGAAGAGACAGGUAUUUUAGAGAUCUCAGAUGAUGAGUCAGAUGGUGAAGUGUUCCCUGAAGGUUUGGUAUCGUGUUCUAGAAUACAGCCAUACUCUGGACCUUAUAAACAGAAAAGGGAUUUAAGCCAACUUAAUAAAAGAAAAGGUGGCACUGGUAAUAAGAAAUUGUCCAACACUGUGAUUGAUCUUGUUGACUCUGAUAAGGAAGACAACUCCAAUGAAAGCAUGAACAAGAGUGAUCUCCCCUCCACUUCAAGUGGAAUGCCUCCUCAAAGUUUAACAGAAAAGAUGGGUCUUACUAAUAGAUUACUGAAGAAAACGACAGGACAAGAGAAGAACAAUCUUCAAGAUAAAGCUGCUGAAGCUAAAUGGAAAACACAAAUGGUGUGCCUUAAAGCCAAGAAGAAAUCUGAUGAUAAAUCUCAAGAUCCACAGUCAGAGAUCAAACUUUUAGAGAUUAUGUCCAACUGUAAUUGGGAGAUAGACCGAACAAACAUGCUGUCUAAAAUCUCUCACAUAAUCUCCAAGGAGUACAUGUGUGAUGCAGCUAAGAGCACAUUUAUUCCUUGGGGUGCAUAUUUACUGGAAUUUCUACCAAAAGCCGAAAAACCAGCCAUUAUACCGCCAGAACUGAAAUCCAAACUCCCCAGUGAAAUGUUUUCUAUUAGAAUAAAGGUAACUAAUAAUAUUAAUAAAGAUGACAAGGUGCAGAAAGCUGAUGACAGUGUUGCUGUUGUGGAUGUUGAUCAGGAAGAUUCUAAAGGCAAAGAAGCAUCUGCCGAGGAUAAGAAAAAGAUCAAUAUGAAGUUACAGAAGAAACUAAUCGACAAGAUAAAGUUUGCUGAAAGAUUGAGAAAUCAGCUUAUUUUAGAGGAGCAGAGGGGAGUGGUCACUUCAAAGUUUUCUGUAUCAAGGGAGGGUAUAGAGAAGGCUUUGAAGAAGUAUAAGACACAGUUAUGGAAAGCUUAUACAGGUAGCAGCAACUUCACUUUACAACAGCUGAAACAAGCACUUCAUGCUGCAAAAGUUGCUGGAGCAAACAAAUUUGGUACUAGUGAUACGCCAGCUGCAGAAGCUGUAAAUACAAAGGCCCAGUCAUUGUCAUCAAGAACACUUGAACGCAUUCAGUCAAAUCAAGGUGUUACUAUUGUGACAGCAUCAGGGCCAACUUCUAGCCAUCAUAGUUUUAUAAACCUUGCAAACUUUCAACAAGAAGAUUCUUCUCCUAGUAGUGCUCCAGUUAAAUCAGUAGGAAAUAUUGUGAUUCAUGGACAUACUCCUAAAUCUAAUCAAGUUAAACCUAAUCAAGGUAAAGGGUUUAUGGAUAAUAUUGAAAAUGUGAAAAAGUUUGAAUGUACGUCAGCUCCUUCUGUGUCACAAGUACCUGCAGGAUCUUUAAGUGCCUCAAAAAUUCAUCCAGUAACUAAUGUUAGUCAAAGUGGCAGCUCAAAGCUUUCCCCAACAGAUGUUGUGUUGAUGCCACUUGACAAAAAUAUGCACCUACCUCCUGGAGCUAAAGUUACUUUUAUGCAGCCAGUUUUGAAUAGAGACGGUUCACCGGUUCCUUUUUCAGCAACACAGCAGACAAUGGGAGGAACACCUAUCAGAACUGUUGUCCUUCCUAAUACAUCUCAAAUGUCUGGGUACUCAGUAGUUAAACCCUUAUUAAACUCUGCAACAUCAUUGCCUUCAACUCAACCUGCAAAUACUCUAAAUAUUCAAAGUCCAAACAUGUCAGGAACUCAUCAGGGUACAGUAGUCCCUAACCUACUAAUGCCAGUUCCAUCGACUUCUGGUGUAUUUAUGAAUGGGACCGCUCCUGUCUUGAGACCUGCCUUUCAACUUCCUCAGUAUGUAGGUUCAGUGUCUUUACCAAGCAGUUCUGUGUUACCAGGUUUACCAUUAAAAAAUAUUUCAAACUUGGGAACUGUAGUAUCUUCAGACAAUGCUGGUGUAACAUUUCCAAUCUUAAACGGUGCUACAGUGUCAUCUGGUACUUCCAGUAUAUGCCCUGGAAAUUUUAAUUAUGGGAUACCAAGAAGCGAUAUGAUUGGCAUGCCAAAAGUAGCUUCAAUGCCCUUUACAGUUAUGCCAGAUACGAGGGGGAAGCAUAUGUUACUGGUUCCAGUUACUUCUACAGUAAUGCCUUGUUCAACUGGGCCAAACACAUCAGGGAACGAUGUUGUGAAUCCGCAAGUUGGAAAACUGCCUGGUGCUGGUCCACCAUUGUCCAGGCAAAAUUCAACCAGUCCAUUAAUAUUUGCUGUUCCAGUUUCAGACAGUGGUAUUCCAUUGAAUAAUAAAGAACAUGUAGCGUCAACUGUUACUUCUAAAAUGAAAUGCAAAGACACAACUGACAAACCACAAAAUAGUGAAGAGAAUGGUGUGUGUAAGCCAGCAUCUAACAUAUCUGAGACUGUGAUUUCUAAAGUUGAUAAGGUACAGCUUGAAAAAAUGGAAGAAGUAUUGGAUAAAUCAAAUAGUGGAAAUAAUAAAUGUGUGAAUGUAGAAAAUGAAACUGACAUUGGUAAUAAGAACACUUCAAUAAGUUGUACAAAAUCUCUCUCCUCUCAUAGCAAUGUGAUAAAAACUGAUACAGAUGCAUUAGAUGACAAAAGUAAUGAAUCUUUAACUGAAAAUGCAAGUAAGAAACCCCAAACUACAGAAAAUAAUGCAAUAGAAGGGAGUGAGCUCACUGAUGCGUUAAAUGUAGCUAAAAAUGCGGCAAUUGAAAUUGAAAAUGCUUUAAAGCUUAUAAACAAAUCUGAUACAGAAGGAGGUGUUAAUAUUGAUCUUUUUACCCAAAGUAAGGAAAAGAACCAAAUAAUAAAAAAUGAUUCCAAAUCAAAUUCAGAAUGUGUAGUGCUUGAUGACAGUGAUGAAGAAUGUGUACUGAUAGAUGAACACAAUGAACCAAAAGUAAGUGCUAAACUCAAAGCAAGUGAAUUUAUGAAAAGUGGAAAGUCAAAUAAUGAAAGUUCAGUAGAAACUGACAGAAAAACUCCAGAAACUGACAGAAAAACUCCAGAAAUAGAAAGUAUUGAUUGGGAGCAAGAAAUACAGAUGAUGGAAGAUUAUAUGGAAAAUGAACAGAAUGACAGAAAUAGAUCAAAAUCUAGAGAGAAAGGGGCUAUUAAGAUUGACGAAUCAGAGGAAUCCGAUGUGGAUGUGACAUCAUGUGACAUGUUAGACCCCUGUCCUGAUAUAUACAUCACUCAGGAUCCAAGUUUUAGUACAGCUGUACCAACGGGUAGCAAGCGUAAAUCUCAGCUCACCAUAAUGCCACACGAUGAUUUUCAGAUCAAGAAAUGCAGAACGAGUGAAGAAUAUGAAGGUCCCGCCAUAGAUUCCUUUGUAGGAAAGACUUGUAAAAUAAGGAAGGAACAAUACCGUCGUAUAGAGUUACGUGACCUGUUCACUUACUUGGAGAAAGUCGUGUUUAAGUACAACAGUUCAUUACAAAGGUACUAUGGAAGAAUUCCGAGACAUGCUAUCUUACAAGAGGGCAUCAAUCUAAUAUCUGCAUUAGGCCAGCGAGAAGAAUUGCUGAGGGAAUGUAUUGAAGAUGGGCAGCAGUAUGAGAAAACAUUGGAAGCUAAGUUAAAGCAACAAAUAGAUUCGUUCGUGGAAUCCGGAGUACCUGAAGCCAUUUUAAGAAAUUUUCUAAAGAGUGUUGAAAAGUCUGUAUUAAUCCAUACAAAAACUAAGAAGAAAAAUGAGCCAGUUGAGGUGUUAGAUUUGGAAGAAAAUGAUUCUGUCCUUGAAUAUAAGCAGUUGCGUCCAGGAAAUUUUCAAGAAAUUCCACUACCAGAGAGUAAACUGGUGCGUGUGGCAGAUUAUAAUCCAGGUAAAGACAAGAUUGUAAAAUCAGAGGCUGGAAACAUUACAACUGUGCAAAUUGUCAAAAGUAAUGGUGAUAAAAAGGAAGUUUUAUCAUAUAUCAGUCUCCUUGAAAAUCAAAUUGAACACCAAUAUGAUGAGAGUAGUUUUAGAGUGUCUAUUCCAUCUGCUGCGCAUAAUCCUGACACUUUUGAAGAUCAAGAAUCUGAAAAUGAUAAAGUGAAAGAUAACAAGGUUAGUGAUGGAGUAUCCAGCAAACUUCAUAACAAUGAUGAUGAUGGCAAUCAACAAGAAUCUAGCCCUGCUAAAACAGGUGGUUCCUUAAUUACUAAUAACAUUUCCAGCAAUACAACCAUUACUACCAUACAAUCAAAUGCUGAAACAAGCAAUGUUAUUAAAACUACUCAUGAACAGCAAGGUUCUCAUUGUGCUCAACCUAUUUCUAUUGAAGACACUCCUACAAAGACUGUUCAGAGUGGCAGUAGGAUUGUUUCAUGUACAGUUACUCCAGGUCAGAAAUCUUCAAGUGAUGAAGAUGAAGUAAGAAGUUCUACUGGUGAUGCAUUGAUGGACCAUGAAGGUGACUUUAUGAACAGUGAUCAGUGGGGUGAAGCAAGUAAAUUAGAAACUCCUAAACAAUUGGACAGUGUAUCAUUGUGAGGGUAGCCAGUUGGUAGAUGCUACACAAAUUUACAAUGCAAAAUUAUUAGGCCAACCAUUUAUAUACCUUGCUAAUUGACAAUGUAAUAUUGUCAGGCAAACCAAUUAGAAGAUCUGAUGCAACAUUGUUAGGCUAGCCAUUUAGAUUCCUUACAAAAAUGGACAAUGCAAUAUUGUUAGGCCAACCAAUUAGAAGUUCCCUUUCAAAUUGACAAUGCAACAUUGUUAGGCUAGCAAUUUAUAUUCAAUGCAAUAUUGUUAGGCCAUUCAAUUAGACCUUACAAAGUGACAACACAAAAUGGAGAUGGCAACCAGUUAAAGGGAUCUUAUACAAAUUUGUAUUGCAACAUGGCGAGUCUAGCAGAUUAGAAAGCAAUGUGAUUAAGGCAGCCAAUUGGAAGAUUCCUUACAAAUUGACAGUAGUUCUGUAAUUAAGUGAAAAUGCUUUGUAUAAAUUCCAGCCUAUGAGUGGAUGUUAUGCAUACUGUGUGAUGAUUUAUCUUUUGCACAUUUUGAAAUUCAGAGUUUAUAUUGGAAAGUCUUCUUUGACAGAGGUGUGUUGUUGAUCAAGCUGAGUAAAAUUAAGCUUACAAAUUCUGUGCUAGUAAGUGGCCUGUGAUGGUGAGAAUUUCAGUGCGACUGUUGCCAUAAUAAAAUGUGUUCUCUAUUUGUUUGAUAUAAGGAAAAGAAUUCAUGUGUAUAUGCAUAUUAUGAAAUCAGAUUUUACUGAAACAUUUGAACAUUUAUUCAGGGAAUUAAUGGUAAAAUUGUCAGUAGAUAUUGUACUGUUGCAAGUGUUAUUAUCUACAAAUUUAUGUGCUAUAUAGCUGUUACUAAGACCCUUCUAUGUUAUCAUUUGAUUCUUUUCUAUCUUGGAAUCACAAUGGUUUCUUUGAGUAAAGAGCUUUGAUAUUUAAUUAGUUAUGUAUGUUUUUUGGGUUUUUUUUGACAAAUUACUUAGCUAAGUUAUAUGGCUCAAGUUAUAUAAGCUUCAACUAUUUACGCAUAGUCAGGUUACCUGUCAGAAGAUCUUAUGAUAACAAAAUUGAAAUACUACACAAUUCUCUAUUUUUUUCAAACUAAAAAUUAGUUGAAACAUUUGAAGCAUUCAUUUAAAUACAUAAUAUAUGAGCUCUAAUUUUAUGUUAAAAGUUGCGCUUUAUUAUAAGUUAUACUAAUAAAGCAUGUUUGAAGAAGUUAUUAGUGAUAUUUAACUUUUAAUUAUAUUAGACUGAAUAAUUAUAUAUACAAUAUCCAAUGUAUGAUGUAAGCCUAAGAUUGGAAACGAAGGUGGAAAAGCAUUUGAAAUUUUCAAAAUGUGUUAAUUCUUUAAUCUACGACCAUCAAUUAUGUUAAGUACAUGUAAAUUGAUUUGUCUUCAUGUGUAUUUAAAUAAUGACUGUUACUGAUGUUAGUAUUGACGUAAGGAGAUUCCUGACCUGCUGAAUUUCUAAAAACGACUUGUGAGUUAGUCAGUCAACAGUUUAAAGCCUGGUCAGACUUGGCAGUAGUACAGGCUGGCCUGGCUCUAUACUGGUUCUAAAGUUUAAAUCACUGAGUUUGUGAAGGUGAACGGUUAAUGAAUGCUAACCUCUGUUUAUAUUGAUUGUGUUACAUGCUUAGCAACUUAAAGUAAGUUCUUAGAUAUUGUAAAAAUGUGUUCUUGAAUCCAAGGCAGCUGUAAUUAAAACCCCAGUUUCUUUGUUUGUGUAGAUAUAUCAUUUACAUUUGUAUGUGAUGUGUUAGUAGUAACUGUGUGGUACUAGUGAAGGUGUUAUACUAGUUACUACUGCGUGUUACUAGUUACCAUGUGUUACAAGUUUGCAUGUAAUACUAGUUAGUGUGUGUCACUAGUUACCUGGUAAUACUAGUUACUGUAUGUUACUAGUAACCGUGUGUUACUAGUUACCAUGUGU